UGUCUGGUUUCUACCUAAGCCUGCUGGGUGCCCCCUUAGGGUAAGUGGCCAGAGAGCAGCCCCUGUGCCAGCUGAAAAAACUAUGGGGCAGUGGGAACAUGCAUAGGUAUGCAUGCGUGGCAUCCUGUUAUGUUGACUCGAGGACUGAAAGGAUUGAAACCCCAUGGGCUGACACUCACCACCUGCCCCCACAGAAUUCUCCCAUCUCAUAGCCCUUUGAGCCAGUUGUGAGAUAUAAGGAUUGCCAGAGACUGUGGCACAGCUUCAGCCCAUGACACAGAAGAACAGAGGGCUAGAGAUGUCCCAUGGCAGGGCUAAGCUUUCACCUCCUUCUGCCUGUCCUGUAUCUCUUCUUGCUCUCCCCGCAGGUGAACCCCGAGCCCCUGCAGAGGGGAAAUCUCAGCAGCCCCACCUCAUUUCUUCUCUUGGGGUUUUCCACUGCCUACAAAGCACAGGUACCCCUCUGCAUGGGCUUCUCUCUCAUUUACCUGGUGACUGUGCUGGGGAACCUGCUCGUAAUGACCCUGGUCUGGCUGGAUGCUUACCUGCAGUCCCCCAUGUACUACUUCCUGGGCCACCUCUCCUUCCUGGACAUCUGCUACUCCUCCGUCACACUCCCUAAGAUCCUCAGAGACUCCUUCUCACCACAGAAGACUAUUUCCUUGGGGGGCUGCAUCACGCAGAUCUACUUCUUCCUUUGCUUUGGGGGCUCUGAGUGUGUGCUGCUGGCUGCCAUGGCCUACGAUCGGUACGUGGCCAUCUGCCACCCCCUCCACUACACAGCACUCAUGAGCAAGAAGAUCUGCCGCUGCCUAGUGGCUGCCUCAUGGUUGAGUGGCUCCUUCUCAUCUCUGAUCCAGGCCCUCCUCACAGCCCACUUACACUUCUGUGAGUCCAAUGUAAUCAACCAUUUGUUCUGUGAGAUCCCCUUCUUGCUGGAAGUGUCCUGCAGCCCUAACACUCUUCUCAACAAGGCUGUCUCAUAUGCUUUGACUGUGACUAUUGCCGUGGGCUCUUUCCUCAUUACUCUCUCAUCAUAUGUUCACAUCCUCCAGGCUGUGCUGCAGAAGGGAGCAGGGAGGCAGAAGGCCUUUGCCACCUGCACCUCCCACCUGAUCGUGGUGUCCCUGUUCUUUGGCACUGGGGCUGUUACAUACCUGAUCCCUCGAUCCAGCAGCUCCAAGGAGAUGAACAAGAUCCUCGCCCUGCUGUAUGCCAUUGUAACCCCCAUGCUGAACCCCAUCAUCUAUAGUUUAAGAAACAAUGAGUUCCAGGGGGCCAUCAGGAAAGCCCUGUGCAGGGGUAUCACUGAGCUCCCCCAAGGACACAGCAGGUGAUCCAGCACGAUGGGGGAGCUGAGACCCUCAGACCAGUGACAGGCAGAAGAGUGAACUCUGGGGAUGUGAGUAGACCAGGAGCAGAUCCAUAAAACUGCUAUGCCUUGGCCACAGAUUUCCCAAUAAAUAAUUCUGGGGGCUGUUUUCCUAAUAAAUAGGUAUUGUCCAGGUAAAGAAGUACUGAAUGUCCACGAGAUGCCUUUGUUAUGACAGUGCCCUUGGUAAGACCUGUUUUUUUUUAUUAAUCAUUUAUCUGCACUGGGGCUUUGUCAGGCUUUCUGGAAAGAGCUUUUAUUCCCAAUCAAGGCUCUUUCUGAGGUGAAACAACACAAAGUGCAGCAGUAAUGCUGUGCUGUAAGCAUCUCCUGCUAAGUGGUGGAUAAUCUUGUCUGGGCUGGACUUGCAGAGCCGGAUGUCUUUCUCUUAAUGCAAUAAAAUGUGGAUAAGUAGGAAAACCAUUGUCAUGGGAUUGAUCUUUGUAGACCCAGGAAUCAAAGCCAAUCCUGGGAACAGACAUCUGCUUCUGCAUGCAGAAUGGUGGUGACAAGGUGGGAGUGUAGGUGGCACCUGAGCACGCCUGGGGAGAGCAGAUUAUUGCGGCUCAUGCCGUGCUUUCAGAAAGAGCACACAGGGCUUUUGGCAUCAUACAGAGCUGGGAAGACAUUGUUUGGUGGUCACAGAUAAAGGGAAGCAAAAAGACACUGCAACUGCAUCUCAGUGUGUACAGGAAGAUAUGCCUAUAGGCGCAGUGGAACGCAGCCUUCUUGGACCUCAGCCAAAUGCUGAGCUGUGGUGUCUUUGCAAACAAGACUCUGAGAGGCUCCUGUUCAGCAGAA